CCCGCCGGCGCGCGGGGGGACCCGGUGACGUCACGCGCGGCGCGCUCCCCGCGCUCGCCGCCCUGCAACUUGUGCGCUGGGAAGCGCUGCCAGGAAUAGCCCGGCCGAGCGGCUGCGGAGCGCGGCUCCCUCCCUCUCUCUCUCCCUCCCUCCCUCUCUCUUUCCCUUCCGCCCGCCCGCCGCCUCGCCGAUGCCGGUCUCUGCCGAGCGGAGGGAGAGCGAUGAUCUACCUUAAGAUAAAUACGUGAAACAGACGCCCCUUUGGCUGCUGGAAUACCGCUGUCUGUCUUUAUAUAAAGCAACGCCGCCGGCCACCUCACUCCGGCGCGGAGCGACGAGAGCGCCCGGCGGGAGCGGCGGCAGCAAAAGGGCACCGGGAGGGCUCUCCGCGGCCACUCGCCAGGUGGGACCCUCUCCUGAUAUGUGACCCACAGCAAGCUACCCUGAAUCGUACGAUGACAAUGUUAUCACUGCCACAUCUCUGGAAACCAGUUAUUCAUAAAUAUAUGGACUAUUUACUUAAGAAGCUGAGAGUGAGCUAGAAACAUUGAUGAAGCCUCUAUUCUGUGAGGUGGAAGAGAGUGUGGACAGCCAUAUUUGCUGGAGUGGUGAACCAAAUUGCCUUGACUGGAACCAUUACUCACUUGCACCUUUGACUGCAGCAGACAGGAAAUCUGAAGAUAGUCAUGCCUAUUAGCUGCCUACAAGAUGCAGAUAGCUGUGUCGCCAUGGAAGAGAUGAAGAGAAUUUUGCUCUAAUAGAUCACAAAUAUCUCUGUGUCAUUCUGCAUCUCAGUGUUUAAUAAUAAUGGAAAAUGUCCAAAUGCUAUAAUAACCCUUUGCAAAUGUGUAAUAAACUGCUUAAGAAAGUUUAUGCCAUGAACAGGACUGUAUAAUAAUCACAUUAGUAUACAGACACAAAUCUAAUGCCUAUAGACUACUGCGUAGAAAGUUCCAAAGAGAAAGAAAAGUCUGUGAACUUGCAACAGCUCUGGAAAAAUGGGAGCAACAAAACUUUAAAAAGCACAGCUUUGGACACACUCCAUGAGUCUGCACAGCUUUCAAGUGAACUAGCACUUAAGACCUUGUGUAACAAAAUGGACUCUGGGGAUACAGCUAUAGGGCAAAACGCUACCUCAGGGUCUGGAGAAACUGCUAAAGUACCAAGUAGAUGGAGGCAAGAACAUUCAGCUGUUAUUAAGAUGAGCACUUUUGGCAAUCAAGAAAUACAGAGGCAACCACAAAUAGAUCACGAGCAAAUUGGAAACACAGCAUCAGCACAACUUUUUAGUUCUGGGAAACUGGUAUCAUCAAACGAAGCUGCACAGCAAGUCACGGAGAAGCAAUAUCCACAGCAUCGUCCAACUCCUUACUCAUGUCAACAUUCACUUUCUUUCCCACAGCAUUCAUUGCCACAAGGUUUCUUGCACAACAUAAAGCCACAUCAGAGCUUGGAAGGCCCUCCAUGGCAGUUUCCUAGCCACUUGCAAUCAGUUGCCUCAGAGGACUUAUUUCCUUUUCAUAUGCAUAGCCAUAGUGGAGGUUUCUCCAGGAAGAAGAUUUCAAGCUUAAACCCCACUUACAGCCAAUAUUCACAGAAAUCUUUAGAACAAUCAGAAGAUGCUCACAAGAAGGAGCACAAACCCAAAAAGCCUGGCAAGUACAUUUGUCCCUACUGUAACAGGGCUUGUGCCAAACCCAGUGUACUUAAAAAGCAUAUUAGGUCUCAUACUGGGGAACGACCAUACCCUUGUGUUCCUUGUGGUUUCUCCUUCAAGACAAAGAGCAACCUCUACAAGCACAGAAAGUCACAUGCUCAUGCAAUUAAAGCAGGGUUGGUACCUUUCACAGAGUCAGCAGUCUCUAAGUUGGAUCUAGAUGCCAGUUACAUUGAUGUGGAAGCUGAAAUACAUUCAGAUGGUGAGCAGAGCACAGACACUGAUGAGGAGACCUCACUCCUAAUGGAGGGGUCUGAAAAACUGAGCCCCGUCCCACAGCUCCCCCUGGACAUGGCUAGCAGGAGCAGUUUUCACUCCUCCAUGGAAGAGUCCUUGGUGGGGCCAAUGAAAGUGCCCAUUUUGAUUAUCCCUAAGAGUGGAAUUCAGUUACCCAGUGAGAGUUCACCCUAUAUUGGCUCUGAUAUAUUGCAAAACCCAUCCUUAAGUACUAAGUCUGAUGACUCUCACACAGUUAAGCAGCGACUUGCACUAAGACUGUCAGAGAAAAAAGGGCAAGAUUCUGAGCAGUCGUUAAACCUCCUGAGCCCACACAGUAAAGGAAGCACUGACUCGGGUUACUUUUCCCGCUCAGAAAGUGCUGAGCAACAAAUAAGCCCACCAAAUACCAAUGCAAAGUCUUAUGAGGAGAUCAUCUUUGGGAAGUUUUAUAGGAUUAAUCAAAGAACAGCACUAACAGUAGCCACAACAAAUCAGGAACAUAGUUUAAUAGGUAGAAAGGGCAAAGCAGAGCCAUUACCUCUCUUAAAUAGCAGAUUGGAUAUAAAAAUGCUUGAGGAACAUAUUUCUCAGCUGACUCCAAAUAAAGAAGAACUCAUUGACUCCAGUAAUUUGAGCUCUAUUAAAUCUACACAAGUUUAUCAAGGCAGAAAUGCAGAAUCUAGACAAUCCCAGAACGCCACAUCCCCCAUCAAAAGUGAAUCCAACCUGUACCAAGCCAGUCAGCAGGGUGAGGUGCCUGUCCUUCUUGAACCCCCUGUAGAUUCUUCUCCUCUUAUAAGAAGUAACUCCAUGCCAACCUCUUCUGCGAACAGCUUAAGUAUUCCCCCAUCUCUGAGAGGAAGCCAUUCAUUUGAUGAGAAGAUGACUGGCUCUGAUGAUGUUUUUUACCCUGGCACAGUGGGAAUAUCCCACCAAAGGAUGUUGAGAAGACAGGCUGCCUUUGAACUGCCCUCUGUGCAGGAGGGGCACUCAGAUUCAGAUUACCAUGGAAGACCAGGGAAAAAUAUAAUUAUUUCUUCCAGUAGACAAAUAUCAGGUGACAAAGGACCAUCCUCAAAAGAGAAGAAAGUGGGAGACAAGACCUUCUAUGACUAUGAUGCCAGUGGAAAGCACUACAGAAAAUGGGAAGAAUUUGAAGCUCAGAAGCAGAACUACAGAGACUCUCCAUCCUUAGGUGGAGUAAACAAGGGAGGAGAGUACUUCAUUGAUCCACUUGGACAAUCUCAGGCGAUGCCAUCCAUGCUUGGAACUUUUGAAAACAGAAAGCGAAGGAAAGAGGAGAGUGUUGGAGAUGAAGAGGACAGUCCCAUGCUUUGCAGCAGUACAACUAGCAGCACUGCAGGAAUUCAGCCUUUGGACUUUGAUCCCAAAUCCCAAAUUCAGGAUGUGCCAAGGAGUGGAUUUUCCCUUCAAGGUCUGGACAAUUCUGCCCAUUGCCAUGCAGAACGUUUUGACAUGUGCAGGCCUUACCUGCAGUCUGGAAGUCCAGCAGCUUCUCUGGAAGACUCAGCCUUAACUGCAGAGCAAGAAAAGACUGCAGAAUCACUAUCUAGAAAGCCCCCUGGAAAUGUCAUUUCUGUCAUUCAGCACACAAAUUCGUUGAGCAGGCCAAACUCAUUUGAAAGGUCUGAAUCUACAGAACAUAUUGCAUGCCAGCAAGAUAAGAUCUAUUCACCGUCUGAAACAUGUGAGAAUGAGAUUUGUGACUCCCCAAUGAGUCCAGACCGAGCUCCACAAACAGAAAAUACUGACACCAAUAAGCCGUCUCCGUCCCAGCAGCCUCAGUCAUAUCAUAUGCAGCCCAGGUUGGUUCGCCAGCACAACAUACAGGUACCUGAAAUUCGUGUCACAGAGGAGCCGGAUAAGCCGGAGAAAGAUAAAGAAGUGCAGAACAAAGAGCAGGAGAGACCAGCUGAAGAAUUCCAGUGGCCUCAGAGAAGUGAAACCCUUUCUCAACUGCCAGCUGAAAAGCUCCCACCCAAGAAGAAGCGUUUACGACUGGCUGACAUGGAGCACUCUUCUGGAGAUUCCAGUUUUGAGUCCACUGGUACAAGCCUUUCUCGCAGCCCUAGCCAGGAAAGUAAUUUGUCCCACAGUUCAAGUUUUUCAAUGUCCUUUGAAAGAGAAGAAAAUGUGAAGUUCAUCACACCUUCCAAACAAGAUGAGUUUGGAAAACAGUCUGAGUUUUUAACAGUUCCAGCUGGUGCUUACUCACUUUCCGUCCCUGGGCAUCACCAUCAGAGGGAAAUGAGACGUUGCUCAUCUGAACAGAUGCCCUGUCCUCACGCUGCUGAAAUCCCUGAGAUUCGAAGUAAAUCCUUUGAUUAUGGGAACCUGUCUCAUGCUUCUUCAGCUGGGACACCAACUACUGCUCUAUCUCCAUCACGGGAAAGGAAGAAAUGCUUCUUGGUUCGCCAGGCUUCCUUUAGCGGUUUCCCAGAGAUUUCCCAAACUGAUCAGAGCACAGAACAAAGUAUAAAGCAGGAGCAGAUGGAACAUGCACAGGCUGGUCUUCGCUCUUCCCAGCUUUCUUGGCAUCACUCGCCUUCCUCUGUACUUCAGCCCAUUCAGGUAGAUGACUCUGGAAAACAGGCUGUUGGCGCUUGUGCUCCACUUGCUAAUAACUCAUCCCACCUCGCCCAACAACAGGCUCUUCUUGCAGAUAGUCCAGAAAUGUUAAGGACUCCUUUGAUCCAACAAGCACCUUAUAUUUCUAACAAACAUCCAUCAGAGCAACAGCAGCUAUUUGCACAUCAGGAAAAUGUCCCAUUUCCCUCUAUUCAUAGCACCUUGUUUCAGUUCCCUUAUCCAACUGUCUGCAUGGUUCAUUUACCACCAUCUCAGCAGCCAGUCUUGUGGCAGUCAUGCACAGAACCUCUACACUUCCAGCAUCAUUUUGUACAGCAGCUGCAGAAAUCUUACAUCAAGCAACCUUUCCAAACAGACAUUCCUCCAAGUUAUCACCUGGAACACGCUCCAGAGCUUAUUGGAAAGAAACCAGCUGAUUAUGUGCAUGCUAAAGAGCAAGCAUACCAGCAUUACUCAGGAACAUCUGGGCAGUAUUCAAAAAUUACUCUUGCUAAGUACCAGUCAGAGCAUAGCAUUAAACCAACAGAUACCUCCUCUGAACAGCAUCUUCAGGCAGAUUUUGACUCCCCCAGUGAUGGAUCAGUACAACCUUUGCCAGGAACAGUUGUUCCCGUCAGGAUUCAAACCCAUGUGCCGUCUUAUGGUAGUGUCAUGUACACAAGCAUUUCCCAGAUCCUUGGACAGAGCAACAGUCCUGCAAUUGUAAUUUGUAAAGUUGAUGAGACUGUUUCUCAAAGAACAUUGGUAACUAGUGCAACAAUGCAUGGAAUUGGAUUUAACAUAGCUCAGAUGUUAGGUCAACGUGGAGGGCUAGAAAAAUACCCUUUGUGGAAAGUGCCACAGACACUAUCACUUGGACUGGAGUCCUCAAUUCCUCUCUGUUUAACUUCCAGUUCUGACAUGGCUUCUACCUUGGGUGGAAGCAAACGGAUGCUUUCACCUGCCAGCAGCUUGGAGCUCUUCAUGGAGACCAAGCAGCAGAAACGAGUCAAAGAAGAAAAGAUGUAUGGGCAGAUAGUUGAAGAGCUAAGUGCAGUUGAGUUAACUAACUCAGAUAUAAAGAAAGAUUUUCCAAGAAUGCAGAAGCCUCAACUAGUAAGGCAGAGCUGUGCUACUGAGCCAAAAGAAAGUCUGCCAUCCGUGUCAUCCUCUUCACCACUGUCGUCCUCUUCAUCUCAAGAUUUCCCACCUGUCAGUGUGCCAACAGCUGAUGCUUUCCCACUAAUCAGGGAGAAACUUUCUAGUUUUGAUUCCACAUCACCAGGACAGAAAUCCAGCGGUCCUUCUGAAGGAAGAGAAUCUCCAGAAGAACUGGAUGUUGAUGAAACAGCCUCAGAUAUGAGCAUGAGUCCACAAAGGUCUUCAUUGCCACCAGGAGAAAUUCAGCCAGAAGACCAACUGAAACAUCCAAAAUUGCCUCUUGGGAUGCUAGUCCAGAUGACAUCCAGUACCAGUGGGAAAGUCACGGGCUCAACUAUUCUCCUGACAGAUGUAGCGGAUUUUCAGCAGAUCCUUCAGUUCCCAAGUCUGCGCACUACUACUACUGUGAGCUGGUGUUUCUUAAACUAUACGAAACCCAAUUACAUUCAGCAACCAACUCUCAAAUCUUCUGUUUACGCUUCAUGGUGUAUAAGUUCAUGUAACCCAAAUCCAUCUGGGCUAAGUACAAAGACCACAUUAGCACUUUUAAGGUCCAAGCAAAAAAACACCACAGAAAUCUACACCCUGGCUGCUAUGCAUAGACCUGGAGCUGGUAAACUGACAUCAUCAAGUGCAUGGAAGCAACUUGCUCAGAUGAAACACGAGCCAUUCUUCUUGUUCGGCAGCAAGCUUGAAAAGAAAGUAGUGGGGAAUAUUAUAAAAGAAAGAGUAAAAGGAGACAUUCAUGGAGAUAAAGACAUUACAUCCAAACAAACUGAGCCGAUACGAAUUAAAAUCUUUGAAGGAGGGUAUAAAUCAAAUGAAGACUAUGUCUAUGUCAGAGGACGUGGCCGAGGAAAGUAUAUUUGUGAAGAAUGUGGAAUUCGCUGCAAAAAGCCAAGCAUGCUCAAAAAGCAUAUCCGCACUCAUACUGACGUCCGGCCUUAUGUAUGCAAGUUGUGCAAUUUUGCCUUCAAAACUAAAGGAAAUCUGACAAAACAUAUGAAGUCUAAAGCACACAUGAAAAAAUGCCUGGAGCUUGGAGUAUCAAUGACAUCUGUAGACGAUGCUGAAACUGAAGAAGCAGAAAACAUGGAAGACAUGCAGCAGGAGACAGAGAAGAGUAGCAACCUGGCAGGCCUGUCAGCAGAGCAUCAGUUUUCUGAUGCAGAGGAGUCCGAUGGUGAGGAUGGUGAUGAAAAUGAUGAAGAUGAUGAAGAUGAGGAUGACUUUGAUGAUACUCAGGGAGACUCAACACCAAAAACUAGAUCAAGAAGCACUAGCCCUCAGCCCCCUCAGUUCUCCUCCCUGUCGGUGAACUCAGCUGGGGCAUCACAGGGGGCUUCCCCCGAGGGCUCCCUUUCUGUGGGACACUCCUCCCUCAUCAGUUACUUGGUCACUUUACCUAGCAUUCAGGUUACUCAGCUUGUAACAUCAAGCGACUCCUGUGAAGACUCACAGAUGACAGAAUAUCAGAGGUUUUUCCAGAGUAAGAGCACCGAUUCAGAGCCCGACAAAGACAGGUUAGACAUACCUAGCUGCAUGGAUGAGGACUGCAUGCUUUCCUUAGACCCCAAUUCGUCUCCAAGGGACCUCUCACCUUCCAGUCAGCAGUCAUCCCCUGGCUAUGAUUCUUCACCAUAUAGAGAUAACUCACCAAAGAGGUAUUUAAUGCCUAAAGGAGAUUUGUCACCCAGAAGGCAUUUGUCACCCCGGAGAGAUAUAUCACCCAUGAGACACCUUUCUCCACGGAAGGAGGCUGUGCUGAGGAGAGAGUUAUCACCAAGACGGGACGUUUCACCAAGACGUCACCUAUCACCAAGGAGACCAAUGUCACCAGGGAAAGAUGCAUCUGUUAGAAGAGAUUUGUCUCCUAGGCGAGAAAGGAGAUACAUGGCCUCGGUUAGAGCGACAUCUCCCAGGAGGGGCUUAUACCAUAAUCCAGCGUUGCCUAUGGGUCAAUAUUUGCAGUCUGAAUCUAUUCCAGUGGGUCAUUCAAGGAAGGGGUUGUCUCAGGGGCCUUACUUCAGCUUGUAUGGAGAAAAAGGAGCUAUGGAGCACCACAGGCCUAGCUUGUUCCCUGAAGGUCCGAGCGAUUAUGUCUUCAGCCACCUUCCACUACACUCCCAGCAGCAGAUCCGAGCACCCAUCCCCAUGAUGCCAAUCGGGGGCAUCCAGAUGGUCCACUCAGUACCUGCAGCCCUUUCAGGUUUACAUCCUCCGUCCACUCUGGCCCUGCAGAGGGAGGGCUCUGAGGAGAAGCAAAGAGGACCGACAGAAACCCUCACUCAAGAGUCACGCGGUGUUUCCAAGCACCACGAGAAGCGUACCUCUCUGCACAGCUUGCACCCCACCGCUCCCCCCAGCACGUCCUCCUCCCCGUUGCUGUUGCUGACACAGAGCACUUCCGAGGACAGUAUAAUAGCGACGGAGAAGGAGCAGGAGGAGAACAUACAGACUUGUACGAAAGCCAUAGCCUCCCUUCGAAUCGCCACAGAAGAAGCUGCUCUGCAUGGGGCGGAGCAGCCGCAGAGGCCCUCUGAGCCUCACCAGAAACCCUCAGAAAGUGCACAUUUUAGCAUUAAACACUUUAGUGGAUCUGAGCCGGGCCAGGCCUGUGCCUCAGCCACCCAUCCUGACUUGCACGGUGAUGAACAGGACAGUUUUGGUACAUCACAGACUGCACUAGCCCAUCCCACCUUUUACAGCAAGAGCUUUGUGGACAUUCGACAGCUGGGCUUUCACAGCAGGAGCGAGCCCCCGUCAAGCACACAGGAAAGAAAAGAUUUGUCGUCUGAGAAGAGCAAGCCACAUUGAUCUGAGAUGCAUGGAGACUUUCACCCAUACAUUUACCCCACUUUUUUUUCUAGCGAUAGAAGAAGUAUUCAACUUUACAGCAUGCCUGUUCUAAGUUACAGUAGUUUGCUAUUAUAUAUACUUUUGUUAUAUCAAAAGAAUUAGAUAAAAUAACAAGUCAUCAUGAACCUGACCAAAACUAAAUUUGAAAUUCUUAUUGGGUCUGGUACUUUUAAAUUGUACAGAUGUUUGUGCCUUUUCUUUACUUUGCUUAUAUUCUUAUAAGCAUUUUUUUAGCAGUAAUUUGUACAUAUUUUAGAAUUUGUGUAUCUGCUUUGUAAUAAAUGUAAUUUCUUUCCUUUUUUGGACACUUGGAUCUAAAUGAUGUAAAGCAAAACAGCAUCAAUAUAUGUGAGGUUGCACUAAAACAUAUUUUUAUAUUGAUUAAAACUGAACAGCUUUUAUGUACAGCUCUGAUUCUGUAAUACUAAUAUUUAUUUACUUUGUUUCAUAAAUUGUAAAUUUUUUUCUUAAUGUUGUGGAUUGCUUUUCUAUGUGAAGCAUGGGAUUUACUGUUGCGUAAUUAGAACAAAAUGUAUAUUGUAAAACAAGAUAUUUAAACUAGAGUAUCUUAUCUUAUUCUGCACUUAUGCAUUAGUUAAAAAAGAAAAAGAUAAAGGAAGUAUCAGUCAGUUCUUAACUCUUGUAAUUUUUUUUGUCUCUUGUUUGCUGGAUUGACUAUAACUUAAGUGCUGAUUGUGAUUUUAAACUGAUAGUACCGUAAAGCAUUAAAGUAAAACAAUGUGCUAUUGUGAGUUUUUUCAAAGCUUUAUAAAACAGUUAUAAAUAUAUUAAAAGUAUUUGGUCUUAUGUGAACAUGUUGAUCUAGAUGCUCCUUUUAAAAGCUAUGGGAAAACAUUCCACCCCAUGUAGAUACGUACAAGUGCAUCAUCAGUGCUGGCUGCACAGCCCACCCGCAGGUGGGGCACCGCUGGCUCCCAGGUAGGCGGGUGGUCACACCUGGCACGGCCUGCUGCUCCCUCCCCAGAAGCAGGGUUGUGAGGUCCCUAUGGCCGCACCGGUCUGGGCUGGAAGCUGGGCCAUACAGAGCCACAGCAGUCCCUGGGUUAUGAGGGCCUGCCGUGCCUCUGCCCAAGCUGAGCGUGGAGGUUAGGGGUCACGCAGAAGUGCCCCAGCGUGUGAGCUCGGAGGGGAGCAGAAGACAUUUCCUCACACCUGAACACCAGCAGCUGGUUACUCCCCGUGAGGGGAGUCUCCCCGUCCCGCAGAUGGAGGGGCAGGUGGGCACUUCCAGCUAGGCAGAGGGCACUGGCAUCUUCAAGAAGCAGAUUAAUGGGCAAGAAAGUCACAGUCUUCCAGAGCAGGGUCUCCAUCUGGGUGAGCUUUGUUCCAGAGGGAAGUCAGUAGGAGCCUGGGCUUGUGGUGGAUUCCCACUACCACCAGCAGCAUGUGCCUGUGCGCACACACUCACUCACACACACUUUCACACACACACACAAAAGAAACCAACAAUCCGGAUUAUAUUUUGUGCUAUUUAGUGAAUUAUAAUUCUGUGAAACCAAGUUUGUAUAUUGACUUACAAUACAUUUAAGGAGUGUUCUUUAAAAAGAAAUAAAUAUACAAUU